UUGCUUGACACAAAACAAAAGAUGAAGGAACUCUUGACAAUAUUACUUCCUUUAUUUUUUAUUGGGACUUUUAGUUACUCGUUGCCGUUCUCAGAAAAAAGCAACUUCGGUGAAUCAAGAGGAUUCAAAAUCGGAGACAAGGGUUAUGUGAUUUCUCAACGUCAGAAAUCUUGGUAUGAGGCGAAAUACGAUUGUCUUAUAAGCGGUGAUGGCUACGAACUUCUUAGUUUAGAAUCCAACGAUGAGCUGGUCACCAUCCGAAAUCAAUUAGGUGAUUACGCUGGCCAAGCGUUUUGGACCUCUGGAUUCUCUCACUCGACAUUUGGUUACGCAAGCCAAAUGUUUUACUGGGACUCUACCGGACGCAGCAUCGGCCCAUACGAAGGUUGGGGAACAACGAGGCCUUACAAUUUGACUGACAAUACGUGCAUCCUUUUCAAUGACGGCGACACCGAUUUCUGGAGUGUAACUAACAGCACAAAGACUUGUAGCAGCCUAUCACUUUGGUACAUAUGUGAAAAACCUCUCGAGCCAAUAGCUGUUGAUACGCAGCUACCCCCGGAAAAUAUCGAUGGUCGUUAUCGCUUCUCCUUUGGUGACGGAGUCUACGAUAUAUCAAACAUGAUCCUGGACUGGUUUUCAGCAAAAAAUGAUUGCAAAUUAAGAGGAAUGCGUUUGGUCAGUAUCGAGUCGCAGGAAGAAGAUGAGGCCAUUUACAAAGAAAUAUCUCAAUACGAGGAAGGCUUCUGGACGUCUGGAGCAAAGUUUUUAAGUACUGGCCCAUUCAGCUGGGAUUCCACUGGCCACGGGCUUGGGCCUUACUUGAAUUGGCACAAAAACUAUCCAGUGAAUUUUGAAAAGUAUAAUUGCGUGAUCAUGCGACCAGCCUUUAACUACACGUGGGAAAACUAUUUUUGUGCGGAUGGCUAUUAUGGCAUCACCAUGAACAGAUACAUUUGUGAGUGGCACCCUGGAAUGAUGUAAAAUGUAAAAAUAAAAUUAGUAGCGCGUGUGGUAGUA